UACAAAAGAAAUUGAAAUGUUUCAAAUGAUAGUAAUGGCAAAUAUUAAUAAUACAAGUGUAGCUGCAUCCAAAACAAAUAACAAUAACAAUAAUUCAAUACAAUAUGUUGAUUUAAAAAAAUCAGCGGCAUCUGAAAAAGAUGAUUUAGUUGCAAAAUGGACAGUACGAUUAUGCGAUCAAGAUUACAUCAUUGAAUUUGAGCAUGGGACUACAUCUGGUAAACGUGUAAUCACAAUUAAUGGAAUUGAGUUUAUGCGCCGUGAAUGGAUGUUUCGAUUAGUUGGCGAUGAAGUAUUUCCAUUAAACUCUAAGCACACAUGCACAAUUCGGAUAAAUCCAAAACCAGCAUUUAAUUACAGUUAUCUACUGUACAUCGAUGGUUUAGAAAUUGAAGAAUUUUUAAAAAAACAAGAUAAUAUCAUUAUUGUUUGGAAUCUUAAACCGUAUGAGGAGAGUGAAGACAAUUUUCGUAUAAGUUUAGAUAAACCAUCAUUAGAUGUUUGGGUGAACGGUGAUAAAAUUGAAACAGAAGGAGAAUUUAUUGAUGAAGGGACAAAAACAAAUUUUCAAAUUAAUAAUACCGACGCAUUUAUUUUAGGUUUACCUAGUGGCAAUAAAAAAGAACAUAUUAACUAUGAAUUAUAUUACAAUGGAGUGAAAAUUGAUAAAGUAAAAUUAUUGUAAGAAUAAUUAUAUUAUUG